GGAACAUGUGGAAGUCAUCGCCCUGAGCGGCUGGAGAGAUGUGUUUCUCUGCAAGGGGAGCGCUGCAGUGCGGGUCGGGCACCGCUGGAAGUGCCGCUGAGAGAGAAGCCAGGUCAGCCGGCCUGGUCGUCUGACCUGGCUCCCCAUCGCUGAGUGCAGUGAGAUAUAAAUUCAUAAUGACCCUUUAUCCCGCGUGGCCGUUAGGAGAGCCUCAGGUUCGGGGGUGAGGCAGGGAUUCACAUAAUACCUUCACAGAGUCGGCAAAACGAGGCAAUAGUGUGCCAAAUCUGCCAACAAACAACGUAGCUAUAAUUUUGUUGUUUUACUUUAUAAGAAAUUGCGCAAAAAAUUAGAAUGACUGGAAGUUCUUCUAUCUGAGAGUUUAAUGAAGUAAAUAUGUGGUUGAGAGAGGGAGGGAGGGAGAGAGAUUUGAGUUGUGUAGUUCAUGGUGUUGGAGCGCCCCCUAUGCGCAAUGGAGGCUUGGACGCUCAUGUUUCCAAGUUUCAGGUUUUGAAAAGUGCGGAUGAGCUGUUGGCUACGCUAAUGUUGGACCAAAACUCUCCUACUACAGCCUAUUAGUAUACUAUUGUUACUAUUUAAUUAGAUGUGUAUGACUAUAGCAUUUAUUUGACUUCUUAUAAACAUAGGCUAUCUUAAUAAUAUCUUAAUAAUUAAUAAAACAAUCCUGGUCACAUUUGUACAUUUGAAAGUGUGUUCCCUCUGCGUCUUUGAGCAAUGGUGACAUACCUUACAUUCAUCUAUUUCAAAACAUCCUUAAAUGUCGCUUGAUAACUCAAAUGUAUAUUGCGUGCUUUCCUUUUAAAAUAGUCUCUAUACAGGAUUAUUGUGCAUAGUUAUAUCUCCCCCUUUCCUACAUCACUACACAGCAGAGAAAUCUGACUCCCGCUCCAGUCUCACUGAGAAAACAGCUAGGACUCUUAUUUUGAAAGGAACCCAUGCUGGAGGCGAGGAGAGGGGGUCAUUUCCUGAGAGUUAUUUACUUUGAGCCAGAUGAUUAGUUUUUUUUGGGAAGGAUGGACUGUAACGUUGAAUCAAUUACAGGUCGCUGUAGCUCAAGCGCAUUUGUGAGGGCGGCGGAGGACGCAGACGGAGGGGCGCACAUAUGCUAGCUCUCAGAGUGAAGGAUCGUGGCUAUAGGAUUACUACUACUGCAACACACUUGAGGAGAGGAGCCUUCACUGAGAGGAGCCUUCACCGGAGCGAUUUUAUGCUCCUGAUUUAAUUCUACUGGGAUUUAUCAUCGAGACACAAAAUCCAAGGGAAUUUAAAAGGUUUGUAUUUUAGACAAAUUACCUAAUCUUUUUCAUUUUUGCGAACUUUUAUUUACGCAAGAAGCCUAUUAAUUGAGAUCAUUUUUUACUUGCAAAAAUGAAAAAGUUACUCAACUGAACCACUUGUUAGGCUAGUUGAAUAUGUCCUCCUUUGUAAAAAUUCACAAAAUAGCCUAGCUUUUUAUUAUGGCACAACCUUGGGAAAACUUUUCCUGAUAACAAAUUAUUCAUCUGACCUGAUCCAUCCAUCACACUUUGGGGGAUUUCAUUAGCCUAAUUUCGCUACGAGGAAACAUUUCACAAAACUUUUUGAAACUUUGAAGAUGCAUUAGCUUGCAGGGUAUGUGUGACUUAUGCACAAUGCAUUAUGCUUUGAACAAGAUUCAGUUUUCCGUGCAACAAAUGGUCUCACCUCCGGAUGCCGAGUGGAGAGAUGUUGCUAACUCGCCUGGAUUAAAGCGCUCAAUUUCGGCCUCACUGCUGGAGGUGUCACCUCGAGAACUGAGGCUCCAUUAUGGGAUGGUGCUGCCUGCCCUCUCAUCUAAUGGGAAACACAUUGCAAAUUGGAUUUCAAGUUGUUUUCGUUUCUGCGCAUGGAAUGUGUGAAAUUAAAUGGAAUAUUGUGCAUUGGGAUUUGCUUGCUGAGAUGGGAAGCAGGCUGUAGCCGAUCGGAUUUUAAAUUAGACAGAAGAGUCAUUUUGAAAAAGUAGGGUAGGGGAGACCCCAUUCCUGGUUGGAUGUAAUUUCAGUGAGCCAGACAACAAAAUGCAAAUAGCCUACACGCAUAUUGCCACCAAGAAAGUAUUCAUAAUUAGACUACAAUUUAAUGAUCCACUAUGUAAUAUGCACAACAUGUGUAGCAAUAUUUCUUAAGAUUGAAAUAAUUGAAUUGCGCGCUGCACAUAUGUCAAAUUAGAUACAACUUUUAAAGUUUUCCAUCAGUGAAACUCACUACCUUGCUUGCCUCAAUGCCCCAACCACCCUCUUGAUUUCGAAAUGCUAUCUUUAGAAAUAUCUCUGCUAUAUUCCCAUGGAAAUCAAUUCUGCACAUGUGGGAUUGAAUUUAACAGUUUAAGUGUGUGUGGAGGACAGUGAGCUGAACAACCCUCCCUCAGCUGUUGCUCCAAAGUGUCAAGCCCAGAACGGCGCAUUUGGUAGGCUGCACAUUUGUUGGGACCGUACUGUUGGUGGGGGUGAGGAAAGGAGGGGAGAGGAGAGCCAGCGGACAAGCGGUACAUUUGCACACCAGGCUGGAUAGGAAAUUCCCUACCCCCAAUGGAGCGGGUUGAAACAACGAUGUGCGCAAAAGUGUCAAAGAAUAUUAGUCAGGAUUCCCACGCGAAUGUUUGUCCUACAGACUUCUCUUGUCCUAGACUUCUCUUCAGAGAGGACUCUUAAUUAUAGGCCCUCUCUAACUCUGGGUUUGGUUUGCCAACCAUAAUUAGCCAGUCCGGGAUGAGACAGAGCAGACUAGCACAGUCAAUGUAGCAGCAAACUGUUUUGAGACAAUAGGGAUUUUGAUAAUGGUUUAAAAAUAAUGUAGCCUAUUUUAAUCGCCCCAAUGGGAGAUUAGAAUAAUUAGUAGAUCAUUUAAAAUAAUGAUCCUAUAGUCACAAAUUUGUUUAAAACAAAGAAUAGAUUAGAGUAAAACUGGUAGCCUGCAUUCAUGUUUGCAACGUUUUCAGCGUUGAGCGCGCGCCUUUGCUUGGAGUUGAGUCUAUCUCGGAUCAUUUGCUGAUGGAAUUCAGGGUCCGCGCGCCAGACAGACAGAUAACACACAGACCAGGAGAAUGUCUGUUGAGCAGAACAUGACCAAAAGGCAAGCUAGAUUAAACCUAGAUGAGUUCUUUAACAGCGCAAAAACUUAUUUUGCUCGAGUUGCUUGGUUUACAAGCCUACACUGGAAAAAAUAAAGGUUCUUAAAUGGUUCUUCCUCAGCUCUUAAGGUUCCUUGGAGAACUCUUGCACGAUAAAGAACCUUUGACUUAAGUGUGGGGUUCUUGACGUGGCAUCUACAGUUCUUCGGAAUUCUAAAACUUUAUUAAAAUGUACUUAAGCACACAGAACAUUUGCCAGUAUUCACAAGUGUUGAUUUGUCAGUGUAACAUUCCUAGUGUUGAUUCAAGAAUUACAUUAACACUGUAAAGGGUUACAUUAACAUUCAGUGGUGUAAAAUAAACCCAGUGUUGGUGUUAAUAACCAGAGUUGCACCUAAACCACGCCCAUCAUUAUCAUAUUUCCCAGCAUGCUCUAUUACAGGUUGAUUUUUUUGAAUUGUUUGCUUCAAAAUCUAUGUUUUUGUAUGUACAUUGAUUGAUUCAUUGAUCUUAUUCUACUCAAAUAUAAAAAGCAUACAUUUUUGUAAACUAUUCUGAUCUGUUACUUGGAUUUAUUGCACCCAUUACUGAAAUAGUUGUUUCAGUUUAGAUGUUUAAGGUAGUCUCGUAAUUGCAUAUCUAAGUCUAUCCAACUCUGGCAGUCAUAAAAAUUCGAAAUGUUGGAUAUCCCCACGCUGUCUGAAUUACCCAUCACUUUGCAAGCCAGCAUAAUGUGACGUGCAGGCCUGAUGUGGCGUCUAAAUUAUGAGUUUCAGGCCACUGUAUUAGGGUAAAACUAUGCCCUCAAAAGAAGGCCUUAUGAAAUAUGUAUUGUUUUAAAUAAUACAAUUUUAAUAACAACAUAUUCACUUAAAAAUAUAAAAAAAUAAAUAUAUAAUAUGCCAUUUAGCAGACGCUUUUAUCCAAAGCGACUUACAGUCAUGCGUGCAUACAUAAUUUUUUUUUUUGUGUAUGGGUGGUCCCGGGGAUCGAACCCACUACCUUGGCGUUACAAGCGCCGUGCUCUACCAGCUGAGCUACAGAGGACCACUUAGGAUCUCACUUGGCCACGGGACUGAAACUGAAUGAAUGCAACAACCAUCUCUCUGUCACUAGCAAACACAUUCAUGGGUGGUACUGGUAACUCUAAAAUUCACUUGAAACGCACUCUGGGAAAUAUGCAAAUAAGGCUUAAACCCCUACAGCAAUUCCGGUUCUGGAGGGCUGAAACAUUUCUGGUUUUGGAUUUUUGUAUGGUUCUUCAAAGAACCAUCCCAUUUAUGGUUCUUCACAGACCCUAAAAUGGUUCCCCUAUGGCAUCGCUCUCAAGAAUCUUAUUUGGUUCCCACUUGCACCUUUAUUUUUAAGAGUGUAUGGUGGUAACCAUGUCUAGAUUUUCAGUUGCAGUGAAUAGGUCAAGCCUAUUUGUAAAUACAAACAGAUUUAGGCCUAUUUUAAAACUUUUGUAGUGGUUUCAAUGUGUUGAUUAAUGCUGCUAGAUUAGGCAUCAAUCCAAUGUAAAAUAGAGAAGGCCAGAUUUAAACAUUCAAAGCAAUAAGAAGAGAAGGAGCACACAAUUUCUGUAGAUCUAUAUAGCCUAAUGCACAUCCAACUCAGGUUGCUGCUACUAAUGUGCAUUGUAUGGAGAGGACAAAUACAGGCUGCAAGUUUGUAGCCUACCUAGCCACAGAAAUAUAAUAUUUAUUUUGAGGGGACUACAUGACAUGGAACAAAAUAACUUUCCUGCUGGAGAAAGUACUUACAGCCAGAAGAUGCCUGAUGCAAGCAAAACGUGUACUAUGUCGCCCCCUAGCGACUUCCGUGCCUGAAUUUAUUUUUUACCUUGGCGCCCCAAUGCUAUUCAACCAGGUCAAAUGUUUUUAUAAACAUCUCCCAAGAACAAACAAGUGCAAUCAUUGCCUCAAUGUGCCCUUUACAAGAACUGGCAUGCCACAGUUACGACUGGAGACAGGAGAAAGCCAGUCAGUCUAAAUGCUGUGCUGGAGCAGAAAAAGUCAAAGUAUUGAUUUUAAUUGAUCAAAUUGCAAUGUUUUCCAAAAAGGCUUAGGUAGUGGAGACAGAGGUAUCUUCUACCGUAAGUCAAUGUAUUUUCUCUUCGCUUAGGCUGAUAGUUUUGUUUUUGCAACAUCUGGUGGAACCAUGUUUGACCUGCCUGUAUUUCUACUCUUCCAGCUGAGUUAACCAUCCGUGACCAUGGAUGAAAUGAAGACAUGUCUCAUCAUUGGGGUUGUCUUGUUUGGGUUGUUAUCAGGUAAGAAAUUAAUUUAAAUAAGUAAAAACCUUUCUUGGUUCCUAUCACCUGGGGUGUAUUCAUUAAACCGUUUACUCCAAACGAAAACUAGAGUUUCUAUUGGACAAAUUCAGGUAUGUCCCUCCUCGUUUUGUUCCGUUUGCUCUGUUUGCUUCCGUUUGGUUCUUAAACAGUAAACGGUUUCUGUUGCAAGAUGUAAUGAAUACACCCCUGGGGUGUAUUCAUUAGUCGGAUUCCGUUGCAAAACAUUUUACGUGCGCAUCUAACCUGCCUUUUCCUUUUAGUUGUAGUUUUAUCACUGUUAAAAACCUGUAUUGUUUUGUAUUGAUUACCCUAUGGACAUUCAGUGAACUGUUGCGCUUUCCUUUAGUUACCUGCGGACUGACGCCACCGACCAUUGUAUCAACUGAAGAUGAGUUUGUUCUCGAGCCACUCUCCGUUUUCAACAUCAGUUGCACUAGUAAAAGAAACGUUGCUUGGGUCGAGCCCCUACCGGACGACACAUUUGUUUUGCCUGGAUAUUACACGGCCACGCUCUUCAUCUAUAACGCUUCCGUGACACACACAGGAUAUUACACCUGCAAAUACCAAGACAAAGAGGGCGAUGAGGAGGAGGAUGAUGAAGACAAUGAGGCAGUCAUAUACGUUUUUGUCCCAGGUAAAUUUGGUGGAAAUGGUUGUCAUUUCCAUGCACCAUCACUUCAUUCUAUUUUGUUCUACAUCCGAUAGCUGCAGUCUUUUGAUCGAACAACCUUGUUUUGCCUUGUGCAGAUCCAGAGGUUCCAUUCGUGCCUGAGGAGCCAGAUAGCAUGGUAGUUCUAGUCUAUCCUGGUGAAACCAUCAUCCCCUGCAGGGUGUCAGACCCUCACUCCUGGGUGGUCCUAAAGAGUGCUCCCAGUGGAGUAGAGGUGGAUGCUGCUUAUGACAACAAGAUCGGUUUCAUUGGCAACCUGGACGCUGGACUGUACGUCUGUGAGACCACCGUGAACGGCGUGACAAUGACCAGUGACACCUACACCGUGGAGGACAACAAACGUAAGUCCAGAUGUGCAUGAUUUGUCUGACGACAAGUGGUUGUGCAUAUCACAUUGGUUGUGUGUACACAUGACUGUAAGACGCUUCGGAUAAAAGCGUCUGCUAAGUGGCAUAUAUUAUAUUAUUCAAAAAAGCUGUCUUUGUUUACCACAGAGAGUGAAAGAGAGGGAGAGAGAGAGCGAGGGAGCGAGAGAUGUGAGGUGAUCUGACUGCAUGAAAGAAAUGACAUCAUGUCAUUAGUACCGGGGGAGAUUACUUCACAGGGUUGUUGUCAGACAGACAGAGAGAGUGUGAUGGCAUCAGCCUGCAGUGAACUUCGAGAGGGAGAUGACCUCAUGGCUGUCAGGGGGAACAGUUGACCAUGCAGAGACCUGUGGAUGACCGUAUUGUCCCUGUUGACCGUAUUGUUCCUGUUGACCGUAUUGUUCCUCCCUCCCCUGGUGGUCUGUACAGUGAUGGAAGACUUCCAUGUGGAGGUGAAGGCCAGCGAGGAGACAGUGAGACUGGGGGAACCCUUCAACAUCACCUGUGUGGCACCUCCAGGACUGCCCUACCAGCAGCAGUGGCUUCACCCCAGGAAACAGGCAAGGACCUUAUCCCUCUCUCCAUCUCUCUCUUUCUCUCUGUCUCGCAGUGUAUGUCUUUCCUCCCACACCCUCCCUCUUUUCUCUACUUCCUCUCCCAUGUUAGCCUCCUCUCUUACCUCCCUUUUAAUAUGAUCUAUAUCUCUUUGUCGGCUAUUCUCCAUCGCCCUCUUUCUCUUCCCUCCUUAAUAUGUCUCCUUCUGUCUCUCUUUCCAUCCUUUAUCCCUCUUGGUGUCACUACGUCUGAUUCAUCUCCUCAGUCUUAUUGUAGUGAUAAAUGGCUUGGGCUCAGGCACAGUGUGGGUCAGUGUAACAUAACUCUGAGGAUGGAUGGGCCUUAGUGGUUAAAGGUAUGUAUCACUAAGUACAGCUGGAUCUCAGCACCGUGUCCAUUACCAGGGCUGGAGCCAAAUGGUGCAUCAUGGUACCAUAACCCCAGCUCUCUCUCAGUCAGACAGAGGGAAAGGAGUGAGACAGUUGUUUGUUAAAAACAGGUCAAAUGGGUAGAAGGAAGAAGGAAGUUCAAAGGAGAGGGGCGACAGUAAAUCACAUGAUCUCUGUGACCACUGGAUGUGUAGAACAGCUAUACGCCCCACCUCCUCUUAACCCCAGUGAACUUAGAAUGUGCGUGGAUGUGUUUGAGCAUUGAGUGUGUGUUAGGUUAAUGGCAUGUUUAUAUGAGAUAAUGAGAGUGUGUCCAUUCUUCGGUAUAGUCAUGCAUCAUUUAGUUCAUUUAAGUUUGUGUGCCAGUGUAUAUGAUAGUAUGGGAAGUGGAUAGAGACUUUGUCUGAAGUGAUAGUCUAUGUGCGUGUGCACCACUGUCUUUGUGUGCACUGUGCAGUAAUCCCUGCAGCACAUUGUGACAGAGCGUCUGUUUUAGUGGUGGGAUUACUCUAAGCCCUUUUCCAGAGACAGUUAGGGUAACAAGAACUCAAGACUUCUGACUCCUGGCUUUAGUCUCAGUUGUAAUUACAGGCUUUUAAAAGCCCCGGGGUCCUGAUUUAUCUCCUGUGGACCAGCACGUGUUUUAACUAUCAGCUCACAGACCGAUAGAGAGACAUACUGCUCUGAUAUACAGAAUAAAACACUAAACCUGUUAAAAGGUGGAGAAGAGCAUAGAGAUAUUUUAUUUCCUAGAGAUGGGGAUAGACAUGUGUAUGCAUGUGUGCGCAUGUGUGUGUCUACAGUGUAUUUCAUCUCCUGUCCUCUUGUUCCUCUAUCUAGGCUGUGGAUGCAAUCCAGAUGAAGCAGACUCUGCCUGAUAGAGUGGUCUACACCCUCAGUAUCCCAGCAGCCACCUCUCAGGACAGUGGGGUGUAUGAGUGCUCCAUCACCAACAGCUUCAGUGGAGAGAUCAGAGCCAACAUGGUGGCUGUCACUGUCUUCGGUACGCUCGCUCAUCCUUAUGGCCAAUCAAAAACUAUUCUUGGAAACAUACAAGUCAUGUCUAUCACCAGUCAAACCAUGCAUUGUAGACAUUUUCUCUCAAGACAUUGCCUAUCCUUCAACAACGUUUCUAUUAAUUACCAAUACCAUUUAGUUGUAGAUGUAUUAAACAGAAACUACUUGGGAUUUUUUAAGAUGUAUUUGAAUACAGCUGAUACUUCUUGGUUGGAGUCUUUAAAAGUAGUCUCCUUGAAUUCACAUUAAUGCGUAGACUUAAUUCAUCCUGCCUGACAGUGUCAGUAUGAGGUGCUAGAGGGAAGGGGUUCUGCAGUCUCCCUACAGUAGAAUCGAGGCACACCUCUGCUUUCAUCAUCAGCCCCAAUGCUUUAUGGGAUGGCUUCAACAGAUGUGUGCCAGACUUUCAUUUCUCUUUUUCGGUUUCUGUCAUCCUUCCUUCGGGGUGUCCCCCCUCUAUCACUCUCUCUUUCUUCUACUUCCUAUUUUUUGCACCCGUCUCUGUAGAGGAGAGCUCCUUUGUGAUGUUGGACCACAGUGGGAUCGGAGCGGUGGAGUUUGUCAGUAUGAUGGAGGAGACUGAGUUCACCAUCAGUAUUGAAGCCUUCCCUGCCCCUAAAGUUACCUGGCUGAAAGACGGUAUUGCCAUCACUGACAACAGCUACUUCCUCACCAAGACCAGACGUCUGGGGGGCAACCAGUAAGAUCAUAACAUCUGUAUAUAGCAACGCUGGUGUUUGUGUGUCUGUGUGUCUUUGGAGCUCUGUGUGUUGUGUGCUGGACUGAGCUAUGUGGUUCUCUGCCCAUCUCUCAGCUAUCAGAGCACUCUGACUCUUCGGCAGUCAUUAGAGGAGGACAGUGGGAAUUACACAAUCAUGGUCCUCAGCAACGCUCACACUGCCCAGUUCUCCUUCACCCUCAAAGUGAAAGGUGAGAAUAACCUCAAGCCAAGUGAAAAUGCACUUCUACGUGUGUGAACAUGCAUUUAUGUUUCUAUGUUUUCAAAUGUGUUAGCAACUGAAUGCGUCAGUGUGUGUGUAUUAUCGCAGUAUCAUCCUAAAUCUGACAAUAUGUCUGCCUGUGUGUCUUCCAGACUCAGGCCCAGUACUGUUCCAGCCAGCCUCAGCGCCAGUGCUGUUUCCCCAGAGAGAGGAGAUGAUUGCUCCCCUCCACACCCCCUUCACCCUGACCUGCAGGGGCGAGGCCGAGCUGGCCUGGGACACGCCUGUCUACCUAUCAGAGCAGACCGAGGAGGACAACAGCGGCCUGUUCAUCACCACGGUUACAGUAGAGAACGCGACAGCAGGACACACUGGCUUCUACACCUGCUUCUACAAAGGAGGGAACUCCACUGAGGAGGGAGAGGAAAGCAGCAUCUACAUAUAUGUGCCAGGUAUAGGGAAGACAGCACUGUGGUGUUGGAGUUAAAUCUGUGUUAGCAAUUUCAAUGAUUGGAAACUUACCAUGCCAUCUUCUCACUUCCUCAGAUCCAGAGGUGCCCUUCGUGCCCUUGCUGGUGCCCUUUGGCAACCACGUCCUGAAUGGUCUCGAUGAGAUGGAGAUCCAGUGUCGCGUGUCGGACCCCAGUGCCAAUGUGACUCUGGUCAACGCUGAUACCCAGCAGGCCGUGCCCAUGGCAGUCUACGACAGCAAGAGGGGCGCUGUGGGCUUCUUCAGCGCAGGAACCUAUGUCUGUAAGGCCCUCGUCAACGGAGAGGAGCACCUCAGUGAGGAGUACAUUGUCCACGGCUGGGCAGGGGGGUCGGAGUUGCGUGUGGAGCUAAAGGCCCAGGAGACAGCCCUCUUGGUGGGAGACACCAUCACUGUCAUUUGUGUGGCCCGGGGGUCUGAGAUACUGGAAGACCACUGGAAGUACCCUGGAAAACUGGUAAACAAAAGCACAUACAUAAUUAUUAUUCUCUUACUGGAGAGCAUGUUCAUUGAUUGAUUUUAAAAUGCAUUUGUUUGUUUGAUUAUAAAUGGGUCUAACUUGUGUGUGUUUGUGUGUGUCAGGCGGACCGUGGCUUGAAGUCAGUGCGUGAGAAUAAGAGAGACCAGGAGAUCCAGUACACCCUGACUGUCCCCCAGGCCUCAGCCAAAGACAGUGGCAUCUACGUCUGCUCCAUCACUGACAUCAUCAGCAACAAGAACCAGACCAAGAAGCUGGCCAUCACUGUCUAUGGUACGUUUGUGUCACUGUUUAUUAACCUAAUAACAAGGCAAUAAUGUUGGUUUAUCAUCUUCCUUGAACUGGUAGAUUGCUCUAACUACCUGUCACCUUUACAUAUUCUAUUAAUGUUUAUAUCUCCAUUUUCUGUCCUGAUAGAGAGGCCAUUCGUGUCACUGCGCCCUGCGUUCAGUUCCCAGGAGUCAACAAACCUGGAUGAGGUCAGACAGUUCAGGGCCGACAUUGACUCCUUCCCCAGCGCUCAGGUCACAUGGCUCAAAGAUGGCCUCCCUCUCAACGACGUGGCGGCUGAGAUAACCACCAGCCUCCAGCAGGUCAGCGAGACCAGGUGAGAAAGACUUCCUUUGACACCCCUCAACAACACCUACACUCAUUGGCUAAUAACAUGUUCUGGUCAGCAAGACCAGGUGAGACUUCCUCUGACAUUACUCAACACUGACUGAAGAGAUAUGAUAUACCACGUCCUGCACACUACACUCUGUGGCUAAUAACAGGUUCCUAGUUCACCUAGGAUGUUUAGAUGUCUAUUAUUAAGGUCUGGUGUUGUUGUGCGAUGUUAGUGGAACUAGUCUCUUGUGACAGACUUAACAGCGUGCUCAUGAGAUUUGGUUCUGGGUGCCAAGAUUAGAGUGUAACCAUACAUGUUGUUUGGACUCUGUAGGUACCAGAGUGUUCUGACCCUUAUCCGGGCCAAAGAGGAGGACAGUGGGAACUACACCAUCAGAGUGCAGAACGGGAACCUGACCCACAGCCACAACUUCAGCCUGCAGGUCAAAGGUGAAGCAGAGGAAUGCUCCAACCCCUCAAUUUGGAUUUACCUUUAACUUACUGACUAACAGGACUCCCAUACUCCCUGACACUCUUUCUUUGACCCACCUCUCUCUCUCUCUCUCUCUCUCUCUCUCGCUCUCUCUCUCUCUCUCUCUCUCUCUCGUCUCUCUCUCUCUCUCUCUCUCUCUCUCUCUCUCUCUCUCUCUCUCUCUCUCUCUCUCUCUCUCUCUCUCUCUCUCUCUCUCUCUCUCUCUCUCUCUCUCUGUAUUGUGGUCUGACCCCGUGUUCCCUCUCUCUGUGUCCAGUGCCUGCAGUCAUUGUGGACCUGAUGGACCUCCACCAUGGCUCAGGCCAGUCUGUAGUGUGUAUCGCUGGAGGCAUGCCCACUCCUAUGGUGGAGUGGUUCAUCUGCAAGAACAUCAAACAGUAAGGGCACACUCUCACGACCCCACCUUCUUCCUCUUCAUCUCUCCAUUCUAUAAAUUCACAUACACCUACUGUACAUUGUUCACCUCUACCUGGCGGCUUCAUAUGCUACUAUGCCCAAUGGGACAAUUUCAUGGUAUCAUUUGGUCUCAUAAUGUAGAAGGAGAAGGAGGAGAGGAACGGAGGAAGGAAGGAAGGAAGGACAGGAAGGAAGGAACGUAAGGAAGGAGGAGGAAGAGAAUGCGGAUGAAGAACGCUUAUCCGUAAUAUUCCUUCCUUCCUUCCUUCCUUCCUUCCUUCCUUCCUUCCUUCCUUCCUUCCUUCCUUCCUUCCUUCCUUCCUUACUUCCCUCCUUCCUUCCUUCCUUCCUUCCUUUCGUACUUCCUUCCUUCCUUCCUACCCUGUCCAGCUGUACCAAUGACUCGUCUCAGUGGGUGCCCCUGCCUACCAACAACACAGAGAUCACUGUGGAAGUGCACAUCGACCAGGACAACCAGCUGGAGAGUAAGGUGAUCUUUGGGCAUCUGGAGAACACCCUGGCCGUUCGCUGCCUGGCCAGGAACGAGAUGACCGCCGUCAGCAGGGAGGUCAAGCUGGUGUCACAAGGUGAGACAUACACAAAGUCACACUUACCUCUUCCUUCAGUUAAACAACAAACAUGGUUGGCAGAAUCUAUGGUGAAUAGAUUUACAGUAUCUUAGAUUGCCAUUUUGCCUGCAGUAUAUUUUCUUCCUGCUAUAGUCUCCUCUUUAACUAGCUAGUUCCUUCCUGUGGUUGCUUCCCUUUGUGACACUUGAAGUGUGAUAGGCAUUGAAGAGACUGUGCUAGGCGGUCAGUGUUGAGGCAGCUGUCUGGUAAAGCUAUCUGUGGUGGGGCAGUGUAUCCCAGACUGUCAUUGGGCAGCUGUGUGUUAGCCUGGGAGACUUUUACUGUGAAAAGUAAAUCCCCAGUAGUUUAGGCCAUUUGGCCCCUCCAGCUGUGCCCCCCUCCCCAACCCCGCUCCUCUCCUUAAUCCCUUCAGCACACCUUUUGGUCCUGAUAAUCUGAGGCCCCACUGGCUUGGCUAAUUGGGUGUGAGGCUCCAUGCUGAACUAUACAAUUUAAAUAGGGUAUUUGUAUUGCCAUGUUCAAGUUCUUCAUAUUUGACCUCAUUUGGGGGUUUUCAGAUAAUUUAUCAAACUAACAUUCCCAUAUUGAUUUACAUUGACUUCUCCAUAUUAUUUUCUCUCUGUGGCAUUCUCCAUGUUGUGCUCUCCAUCUCAUGUGUGUGUGGUGGUUCUCCUGAACAGGCCCUCACUCAGAGCUGACUGUAGCUGCUGCUGCCCUGGUGCUGCUGGUCUUUGUCAUCAUCUCACUCAUUGUCCUGGUCAUUAUCUGGAAACAGGUACAGCAGAUCAUCAAUGCCCCUCACGCAAGCACAAACCCACCCACUCACUCACUCACAGACUCAUUCUCUCAUUGACUCAUUAAAUCACUCAACUACACUUUAACAAGUGUCCUAGAGCCUUAGGUAUUGAUCUGUUUUGCUAUGUCCUCUGUCCUACAGAAGCCUCGCUAUGAGAUCCGUUGGAGGGUGAUAGAGUCAGUGAGCCCUGAUGGCCAUGAGUACAUCUACGUGGACCCCAUGCAGCUACCCUAUGACUCCAGAUGGGAGUUCUCUCGCGAUGGCCUCGUACUGGGUGAGAGCCGACUGCACUGCUUCCUCUCUCUGUGGUCUUACUGUGGUCAUGUUCUUGUCAGAGUGUCACAUCACCAUGGUCGGGUGGUCAGAGUGUCAUAGCACCAUGGUCUGGUGGUCGUGUUCUGGUCAGGCUGUGGUCUGGAUGUCUCCCGCUGGUCUUUGAAGUGAAGAUGUGAUAAGGCCAUCUGGCCUGGCAGACAGGGGAGGCUAGGACGCGCUGCCUGGGUUUGGGUUAUGACUCACUGAUCAAAGGGAAACUCAACCACUGGGGACCUGGGGAAGUCACUGAUGAGAGGGCAGAGGCAGACAUGUGUGUUCGUGUGUUUGUGUCUGUGUGUGUGUGUGUGUGUUUGUGUGUGUGUUUGUUUGCUUGCCUGUCUAUGUUUGUGUAUUUGUUUACCCUCCAUGUUAACUGAUCGUGUGCCAUGUCUGGUGUGUCCGCAGGACGUAUCCUGGGCUCUGGGGCGUUUGGGAAGGUGGUGGAGGGAACAGCAUACGGACUCAGCCGCUCCCAGCCCGUCAUGAAGGUGGCCGUGAAGAUGCUGAAACGUGAGUUGACCACAGACAGCUAUAAAGACAGCUACAGUGAGGGAAAAAAAGUAUUUGAUCCCCUGCUGAUUUUCUAUGUUUGCCCACUGACAAAGACAUGAUCAGUCUAUAAUUUUAAUGGUAGAUAUAUUUGAACAGUGAGAGAAAAAAUAACAACAAAAAAAUCCAGAAAAACGCAUGUCAAAAAUGUUAUAAAUUGAUAAGUAAUUAGUAUUUGACCUCUCUGCAAAACAUGACUUAGUACUUGGUGGCAAAACCCUUUUUGGCAAUCACAGAGGUCAGACGUUUCUUGUAGUUGGCCACCAGGUUUGCACACAUCUCAGGAGGGAUUUUGUUCCAGUCUUCUUUGCAGAUCUUCUCCAAGUCAUUAAGGUUUGAGGCUGACGUUUGGCAACUCAAACCAGCUCCCUCCACAGAUUUUCUAUGGGAUUAAGGUCUGGAAACUGGCUAGGCCACUCCAGGACCUUAAUGUGCUUCUUCUUAAGCCACUCCUUUGUUGCCUUGGCCGUGUGCUUUGGGUCAUUGUCAUGCUGGAAUACCCAUCCACUACCCAUUUUCAAUGCCCUGGCUGAGGGAAGGAGGUUCUCACCCAAGAUUUGACGGUACAUGGCCCGUCCAUCGUCCCUUUGAUGCGGUGAAGUUGUCCUGUCCCCUUAGCAGAAAAACACCCCCAAAGCAUAAUGUUUCCACUUCCAUGUUUGACGGUGGGGAUGGUGUUCUUGGGGUCAUAGGCAGCAUUCCUCCUCCUCCAAACACGGCGAGUUGAGUUGAUGCCAAAGAGCUUGAUUUUGGUCUCAUCUGACCACAACACUUUCACCCAGUUCUCCUCUGAAUCAUUCAUAACUUCAGACGGCCCUGUAUAUGUGCUUUCCUGAGCAGGGGGACCUUGCGGGCGCUGCAGGAUGUCAGUCCUUCACGGCGUAGUGUGUUACCAAUUGUUUUCUUGGUGACUAUGGUCCCAGCUGCCUUGAGAUCAUUGACAAGAUCCUCCCGUGUAGUUCUGGGCUGAUUCCUCACCGUCCUCAUGAUCAUUGCAACUCCACGAGGUGAGAUCUUGCAUGGAGCCCCAGGCCGAGGGAGAUUGACAGUUCUUUUGUGUUUCUUCCAUUUGCGAAUAAUCGCACCAACUGUUGUCACCUUCUCACCAAGCUGCUUGGCGAUGGUCUUGUAGCCCAUUCCAGCCUUGUGUAGGUCUACAAUCUUGUCCCUGACAUCCUUGGAGAGCUCUUUGGUCUUUGCCAUGGUGGAGAGUUUGGAAUCUGAUUGAUUGAUUGCUUCUGUGGACAGGUGUCUUUUAUACAGGUAACAAACUGAGAUUAGAAGCACUCCCUUUAAGAGUGUGCUCCUAAUCUCAGCUCGUUACCUGUAUAAAAGACACCUGGGAGGCCAGAAAUCUUUCUGAUUGAGAGGGGGUCAAAUACUUAUUUCCCUCAUUAAAAUGCAAAUCAAUUUAUAACAUGCGUUUUUCUGGAUUUUGUUGUUGUUAUUCUGUCUCUCACUGUUCAAAUAAACCUACCAUUAAAAUUAUAGACUGAUAGUCUCUUUGUCAGUAGGCAAACGUACAAAAUCAGGAGGGGAUCAAAUACUUUUUCCCUCACUGUAUAGAGACAGCUAUAGAGAGGACCAUUAAUGCCUGUGGAGAUUGCCUGGAGAGAGCUGUGUGCUUGAACACAAUCAGUCAGUCACAGCAAUACCUUAAGGCUCAGACACAACGGUAGCGUUUGCCGGCCGAGAGUACUUGCCACCACUGAACAGAGUGCCGGCCGUAAUUUGUAAACUGAGUGCAAACCGAAUCUACACGUAGAAUCACAUGAAAAUGUUGUCAGUCAGACGUCCAUCAGCGGGUGAUCCCUAAAACACACCAUGCCGAACGAACGGCAGGUGAACGGCAGAUCAACAUUCGGUGCGGUGUGUGCUCCCUUACGUUGUGAUUGAUGAAACAAUGGCAGUCAUUGAUGAAUGUUGUAGAUGUUGAUGGAUUGAUUGAUUGUGUGUGAUGGACUGAUACUUGCGGUGUGAUUGAUUGAAGGUUGAGUGAUUGUUUGUCUGUUUCUCGUUGCAGCCACGGCCCGCUCCAGUGAGAAACAGGCACUGAUGUCAGAGCUGAAGAUCAUGACUCACUUGGGCCCUCACCUCAACAUUGUCAACCUGCUGGGGGCCUGCACCAAGUCAGGUGACUACACACGCACGAAUGAACGCACACACACAUGCUUAUAGGCACGCAUGCACACGCACACGCACACACACAGUUUUGACAGCCAAGAAGGGAAGUUGCCAUUCCUCUCUGAGCCGAUGGUGGAUAUGGUAUUUUAAUAGGAUUUUUAUGAGUGUAAAGGCUUGCCCUCUUGACGUUGCUUUUAGCCUUUACGAGCCUCUGAUAAGAUUAGCCAGCAGACUGACGCCUGUGUCUCUAUCUCUUUACUCUGUUCCCAUGCAGGCCCCACCUACAUCAUCACCGAGUACUGCUUCUAUGGAGACCUUGUCAACUACCUGCACAAGAACAGAGAGAACUUCAUCAGCCUUCACCCAGAGAAGACCAAGAAAGACUUGGACAUCUUUGGCAUCAACCCUGCAGAUGAGAGCAGCAGGAGGUAAAGAGACAUCCCAGCUAGUACAUUUGGUUCAUUGGAAGUUGUGAGAACCUAUGUUUUUGGUUUCACAUUGGUUCUGGGAACAAACUCAUACGUUUCCUGACCGGUAAAACUGAACGUUUUUUAAACGUUCUGAGAAAGGAAGUGAACAUUUUGCCAGUUCUGGGAAUGUAGAUUUGUAGGUUGCAGGGAGGUUCUGAGAUCAUUUUACUGUGGUUCCCUGAAAGUUUUCCUGGGAGGUUUUAUUAACGUUCUGAGAAUGGAAAUGAUAGGUUAUUUGAAUGUAAUUAAAUAAUGUUCUGAGCACAUGUUUCAAUAAGACUUAAUAACCCUGCUAGCUUAGGUUAACUGUUUUGAACAGGUAAGACACAUGGAAAUGAAUUUGCUUAGGUAUUAAUCAUGGAAACACAUAUUUUUUUUAUUGUGGCACAGAGUCAGUGAGAUUCAAACCUAUGAUCUUCUGUUUUCUAUCCAUGGAAUUAGUCACUGCGCCACCAGGAUGGAGCAAGCAUGCCAUUUUUUUACUCAUACAAAGCUGUUCAUUUUAGUCUAUUCAAACAGAUCCCAUUUCAAAGGAAACAAGCACUCAUUAAGAUUAGGUGAGCCCAAUUAGUGGGUGCGGUCAACACACCUGAACACACUUAAUAAGAUAGAGGAUAGAGAGCGUCUUGUUGACGCUGAGAAUGGAAUGUAUAUGUUUUAAAUAACACUCUUAGAAUAUUCUUUGAACGUUACUAAUGUUUUCUUGUGGUUUUUAUGGAACGUUUUCUUAAUGUUCAGAGAACAUGACUUUAAAUAUAACCAUGAGGAAACCUGCAGAAAACAUUAUGUGGAAGUACUGAAAUUCUCACAGAAGAACAUUGUUUCUUAACGUUCUCUGAAAAUUUGAGAACUUCACUUUAAAUAGAACCAUGAGGAAACCUGUAGGAAACGUUAUGCUGAAGUACUGAAAUUCCCACCUACGAAAUGUAUGGUUCUCAGAACGUUAUGUGCUAGCUGGGUAUCCUGCCAUUCCCAGAAGGUUGUAUGCAAAAUAACAAUAGGACAACCACGCUCUCAACCAAGCUCUAAGAAUCAAAUGGUUCUCAGAACAUUAUGUGCUAGCUGGGCUAUAGGAUCAGCUCCGAAAACAUACACACAUGGGUGCACACUCACACACAGGCCAGGAAACACACACACACAGACGCACACACAGACACAGACACCCCUCAGUUGCUCCUCUACCCCACUCAGUCUUCUGUCUCAUUGACGCAGCACUUUACUGCACUCGCUCAGAAACAUAACGUAACCCUACCCCAGGCAUCCUCAUGGCUGAGGGGGUCGUCUGGCGUCUUCCACUAAUUAAAUCUGUGUCUGAAGUGGUGCUCGGCUUUCAGGCUAAUCACAUUACUCUUGUUUGGUACCUGUUAAUGGUCUCUGUCCAGCUCCUCUCUGUUUGCUGAUCUGUGUUGACGGAUGACUCACAAUGACCACAUUUCAGAGUGUGACCACACCAUGAUUUAAUCUCAACCACCCUGACCAUCAACCACACCCUCCAUAUAGGGAACCUCAGGACAUACAGUACACUGGGCCUUCUUAGAGAACCAAUGGCGACUCUAACAUGGUUGUUGUUUGUCUCUUCCCAACCUCCCCUCCUCCUACCUCUCUCCCUCCUCGUCUCCAUGCAGCUAUGUGAUCCUGUCCUUUGAGAGUGGUAAAGGGGACUACAUGGACAUGAAGCAAGCAGACACCACACAGUAUGUGCCCAUGCUGGAGAUGAGUGACACCUCCAAGUACUCCGACAUCCAGAGGUCCGAGUAUAACCACCCGCCAUCACAGAAGGGUGGUGAGUACACAGUCUGACAGCCUUGUUCUCUUCCCUUUCGCUCUUCUGCUCUUCAUCUAACUCUCCUUCCCCUCUCGCUGUGUGGCUUGGCUGCGUUGGCUGAAGUGCAGGGUUUAAGUCAGUGCUGGUUGGGUUGAAGGGUCCACCCUUCUCAGCAUGUAGGCCUGCCUGAGCCGGCCUGUAAUCAUAUAGAGCGGGUAAUUGUACCACACAUAAUAAUGCACGGUUCUCCCUGCCAUUAGGAAAAACCAGGUUACAGCAACCAGUUCUAUAUUUACAUGCACAUAAACAUACAAACACACACUUUAUUCACUCACUCAUAGACAGACUGAAGCUAAAUGUGUUUGUGUGUCUGUGUGUUUUCCUGAUCCAGAUAAUGAGAUGGACAACAUGCUGUCAGGGGAUGGUAACGAGGGCCUCAGCACCACAGACCUGCUCAGCUUCACCUACCAGGUGGCCAGAGGCAUGGAGUUCCUAUCCUCUAAGAACGUGAGUGACCAAGGGCUGGGAAUGACUGUAGAUUAGAGGGACUGAUAACAUGAUGUCAGUUCAGUGCAGUGGGCUGGGAAUGAUGUCAGACAAAACAAUAGCUACCCAACAGACAGGUGGCGAUAUCAACUAGAGACACAGAGGUGAGCCUAGGAUGCCAUAGCCAUCUUUGAAUGGCCUGACUUAGCAACUAAGGAAGGAAGUGGUGGCGACAUGUUUCCAUUGGCUUAGCAGAAGCUGGUGCCACUGGCAAGCUGGUUCUGUCCUCUCUGUUGGUACACAGCAGGGAGUGAGUCGGUUGCCACGUCAACCCUGUACAUUUCAGGGGUAACCACGGUAAUGAUGGGAGGCAGGUUGUGGGCUGCUGUUGUGCUUGAUGACAGCUGUGAAAGCCAAGAGGUUGGCUAAAUCAGGGUGAUAAGGCUGAGCUCACUGCUCAGGAGACAGGACAGGUCUUUAUAUAGAACACCCAGUAGGCUGGAUUACACUGGGUACAAAACAGCUAUAAGCUCCUCAUACAGCCUCCUAGUUAUUAUCCUUGAAUAUACUCUGGGCAGGAGUGGUCAGUCAAGGCUUGUUGACAUAAAGCCACCUGUAAAUCACAAGGAGGGAAGAGAGAAUAAAAGGAAAGGAAGAUUGUCAAAAUGUUUUCUUUGAAUUGAGAUGAAUGAAAUGCUGAAUUUUGCGGUGUAGUGUGUGCAUCGGGAUCUGGCUGCCAGGAAUGUCCUGCUCUCUCAGGGGAAGAUAGUAAAGAUCUGUGACUUUGGCCUGGCCAGAGACAUCGUGCACGACAACAACUACGUCUCCAAAGGCAGCGUGAGUAUUUCUCUAGGACCAUACUGGCUGUUUGUGUACCCUGAUGGGCAUAGACAUGUAUCUGUGAAGGUGGCUUGUCCCCUGCUUGUUCAUGUUAGCACUCCAUUAUGGUCCACUAUUGUACUGUCCGUUAUAUGAGUGCAGUGUGUUUGAUCCAUCUGCGCUAUGUGUUGACCACAGACCUUCCUGCCAGUGAAGUGGAUGGCUCCUGAGAGUAUCUUUGACAACAUGUACACCACCCUCAGUGAUGUCUGGUCCUACGGCAUCCUCCUCUGGGAGAUCUUCUCUCUAGGUGAAGCUCAGCUGACCCCUAACCUGUUUCAGUGACACAUUAACAGCAGCAUGUUAGGGAGACGGCUGACUCCAGAUCAGUGUGUAGAUACAGUGUGUUGACAGUGAUACUGGUGUUUGCUGGUGUACUGAUGGCAGUGUGUUUGUGUUAAAGGUGGCACCCCAUACCCAGGGAUGGUAGUGGACUCCAGCUUCUACAACAAGAUCAAGAGUGGCUACAGGAUGGCCAAACCUGAGCAUGCCCCCACUGAUGUGUAUGUACAUAUAUAUUUAUAUAAUAAUAAUUAUACAUUGUGUUGUGUACAUUAUUAUGCUGAAACAUUUGUCCAAAACACUUUUUGAAACACUUGAUUAGAUAACAUGAAAAUACUAUGGAAGGCUAUGUACUACUGCUGUAAAAGUCUAACGCACAGUACUAAACUGUGAUGUACAAUGCCAUGACAUGACUCGAACUAAACUAAAUUAUAGCAUGCCGUUCCUCCCUGCACUGUUUGUCUUGUUCUCUCUGUUUAACUAGUGUGUUUUCCCUCCUCCAGGUAUGAGAUGAUGAUGAAGUGUUGGAAUAGUGAGCCUGAGAAGAGGCCUUCCUUCUUCAGCCUGAGUGAGAGCGUGGCCUCACUGCUGCCGUCCGGCUACAAGAGGGUGGGUGUCUCUACAGUAUGACCUCUGACCUAACGGCCUCUCCCAGGUUUCCUCACACUUGCUUUCUAAUCUCCCUCUCUCUUUCAUUCCUGACCCUGACCUCCGACGUUUGGACGUACUCUUCCCUCUUAUAAUUUAUUUUCCUUUCUAUCAGUCUCACCCCCCUUUUACCUUACCUGACCUAUCCUAUUUUUCACUAGGAGCGGAGUAAGUGCUUCAACCAUCCUCUUCCUCCUCCCCUUAGCCUUGGGGCAUGUUAUAGUUCUACAAUACUAGUAAAGUGUAGAAGUUCAUCUAAAACCAGGCUCACAAACUCCAACCACUUCCCCCCAACUGUGCCAGUGGAGUGUGUUUCUGUGGGCUCUGCCAGUGGAGUGUGUUUCUGUGGGCUCUGCCAGUUGAGUGUGUUUCUGUGGGCUCUGCCAGUUGAGUGUGUUUCUGUGCGCUCUGCCAGUUGAGUGUGUUUCUGUGCGCUCUGCCAGUUGAGUGUGUUUCUGAGUGUGUUUCUGUGGGCGCUGUGUAUUUCCGUUGUGUUAAAGCCCAGCCCUGGCGGUGAUUAGAAUGCUAAUGCUCCAGCUGGUGGUCAGAGUGGCCAGCCCUAACCACAGUAGUGAUGCUGCAACAGCAGCCCCAGCACCCAGGUCCCAGGUCUCGCCUCCGUCCACCGGCUAGGGUAACCAUAAUGAGCCUAUUAAACAGCACGCCACACAUGGCACAUCAAACCUCCUCCUCCCCCCACAACUCUGCUUUAAUGGCCCGGGAGAGUGGAGGAGCUGGCUCCCAUUUUAGCACCUCGGAUUGGGGUUGGCUGGGCUAGGGUGGGGUGGGAAAUGUCGUUCACUAUGUGGGUCUCACCACCAGGCUAACAGACUGACUGAGUGAGAACACACAUACCAAUGACUGCUGGUUGAACUGAUAGGUUUUAACUGGUUCAAGUGUUAUAUCAGUUUUAGGAUUCAUCAGAUUUAUGAGUUUUGUGAAUGCAGCUGUUUUGGAGGUACUGUAUGGGACAUACCAGAGCACUAAAUAACUCUGAUUAGUACAGGCCAAUAGUAUUUCCUUUACAAGCACAGUGCUCUUGGCUUUAGAAACAGUUAGCCAUAUAGCAACGUUUUCUGCAUGGUACUGUAGACAUUCUGCUCCAAUGCUACUAGAUAGGUUGAUGUUCAUUGUGCCCUCUCUUUCUUUGUUGUGCAGUGCUUCGAAAGGGUGAACCAUGAGUUCCUGAAGAGUGACCACCCAGCAGUGACCAGGGUCCAGGUGGAGAAUGACGACGCCUACAUUGGGAUCACCUAUAAGAACCAGGGCAAGUCGAAAGAUAGGGAGAGUGGCUUCGAUGAGCAGCGCCUCAGCUCUGACAGUGGUUACAUCAUCCCCCUCCCUGACCUGGACCCUCUGUCUGAUGACGAGUACUGCAAGAGGAACCGCCACAGGUAGGCUACCACCUCAAUCUCAGACAUGUCUAUCCUCAUUUCAAACUCUUAUAUGUGAUAUGUAAUAACACUGUUUUACACCAUAACAUGAGCUGGUCCUGUUAAGCAAAUCCAGCAAAUGAGAUACCCCUCUUAUUUAACUCAUGGUCACUCCUGUAUACUAUACCCCAUCCACUCACAUUAGCUGUUCAGUAACACUAACCUGCUCCUCUCUGUCCUGUGUAGCUCGCAGACGUCUGAGGAGAGUGCCAUAGAGACAGGCUCCAGCUCCACACUGACCAAGAGAGAAGGAGAGACCCUGGAGGACAUUACCCUGUUGGAUGAGAUGUGUCUGGACUCAGAGCUGGUGGAGGACAGCUUUCUGUGACAGGCCUGGAGAAGCCUAAAGCCUGCCAAAGAGAGGGGGAUAGUGGGGGGAAACACACCUGAACAUAGACUCUCAAACCACCCACUCGUCCUCGCCACCCCCCUAUCUCAAACCCUCCUCAUCCCCUGCCCCACACAUCUCCACUCCUAUCAGGAGGACAGAGCAAAACCACUUCACUGCUUGGAUGAGUCUGUCUGUGGCCAGAUCAUGGUAUGCCUGCUGUUCCCUCUUCAGAAAGCGCCCCCUGUGGGGCUGGAGGGACAUGCAUGGAUAGAUGGAUAGUUGGGACACUGAGGACUCGCCACUAUCCUGUGGUUACUGAGUCUCUAUGGAACGUUAGUGUUGGAUGGGACUAAGUGCACAUGAGGAGAACAUGGAGGAAGAUUG